CCUUCCUUCAAUAUAUGGAACACACAUCGAAACACUAUGCGACGCCAUUUAUUUCAUGGAUGGGCACAAGUUGUUUCCUCUACGUUAAUGACCCAGAAACAGUGGAAACGAUUUUCAAUUCACCCCAUUGCACAAAUAAAGGCGAAUUCUAUCGCUUCAUGGCAGCGGCAAUUGGCGAUGGGCUCUUCACAUCCAGCUCUCCGCGCUGGAAUAAGCAUCGCCGCCUUAUCAAUCCAGCUUUUAGUCGCCAAAUUAUCAACAACUUUUUGCCCAUAUUUAAUGUUGAAGCGAAUGUGUUGCUGAGUAAAUUUGCCACGUUGGCAAAGGCCGGCAAGCAGCUGGAGAUCUAUGAGAUGUUGAAACGCAAUGUGUUGGAAGCAGCGUGUCAGACCACAAUGGGUCAACGUAUGAAUUUUGAAGACGAGGGUUCUGCACAUAUUUUCGAAGCAUACAAAGGCGUCACCGAGGUGUGUGUACGUCGCAUGCUGUCGCCGUGGCUUUAUCCGGAUGUGCUCUAUUGGCGUUCACCGUUGUUUGUGCGCCAGCAGCGAGUCGUUCAUGUGCUCUUCAGCUUCAUUGAAAGUCUGUUGCAGCUCAAAAAUAAUAAAUCUGUAGCAAAUGGCAUGAAACAGCAGGAGCAGCAGCAGCAGCAGCGGCAGCACUCAACUAUGAAUGGAAAUGAAAGUGAAAAUAGCUCGGGGACUGUAAAUGCAAAUGUAAAUGGCAGUGUGCAUGGAGAAAUGAAUGGAAAAGUGAAAUUGGAUGUAGACGGGAAUGUGAAUGUGGAUGGAUCGACGGAUGUGGAUGCGGAUGCUUCUGCGGCCAUACGGAAGUCGAAAGCUAUCUUUGUAGAGCAAGUGCGCUCGCAUGUCGAACAAGGUCAGCUGUCGUGGGAGGAUGUGCGCGCCGAGGCGAAUGUCAUUAUAGCGGCG